AAUCCAGCCUACAGUUGGACAUACUGGCUCCGAAAGCAGAAAGGGUUUAGACAGGGUCCACCUGGAGCUUGAUCUGGGUUUUUUUUUUUUGUUUUUUCCUCAGCAGGCUAUGCCAGGCUGCAGCAGCACAUACAGUGCAUCCAAUCCUCGCUCUAAUUAGACAAUCAUCUCUGACUGGCGGCUCUCUGUAGCUCAGAUGUUGGGAGACAAGGCUCACGGCGUGACUUUAAAGGUGAUGGAAUACACAUACGACGAUGACCUGGACGAGCUGUGUCCUGUGUGCGGAGACAAAGUGUCAGGAUAUCACUAUGGUCUGCUCACCUGCGAAAGCUGCAAGGGCUUCUUUAAACGGACGGUGCAGAAUAACAAGAGGUACACAUGUGCGGAAAACCAGGAGUGUAAGAUAGACAAGACCCAGAGGAAGAGGUGUCCAUUCUGCCGCUUUCAAAAAUGCCUCAGCGUCGGGAUGCGCCUAGAAGCUGUGCGUGCAGAUCGCAUGCGUGGUGGGAGGAACAAGUUUGGCCCCAUGUACAAGAGAGACAGGGCCUUAAAGCAGCAGAAAAAGGCUUUGAUACGAUCCAAUGGGUUCAAGAUGGAGACCUCAGUCCCUCCACCAGCCUCCCCUAUGCAGACUGACUACAGCUUUACUGGUACCCUACACGCUCUGCCCACCAUCUCUAAAAGUCUGCUGCCCUCCACUCCGAUCUCCAUCAACUCCACAGACUACGAGGCCAACCUCUAUGGACCUACAUCACUGGGCAUGACCAUGCAGUCUCAUGUUCCCAUUACACCACAGUAUCAGUACACAGCAUUCCCCAACAGGGCAAUUAAAGCUGAGUGCCCUGACUACACCAGCUCCCCCGAAUCCAUUACAGGAUACCCAUAUCCAGAGGUGUACCCCUCAGCCUCUCCACAGCCGCCCAGCCUGCCACCUCUGGUGCUGGAGCUGCUCAGCUGCGACCCAGACGAGUUGGUGGUGCAAAACAAGAUUGUGGCUCAUCUGCAGCAGGAGCAGAGCGGAAGGGGCCGAACUGACAAACCCAGCACCUUCAGCCUGAUGUGCCGCAUGGCGGAUCAGACCCUCUUCUCCAUAGUGGAGUGGGCUCGGAGUUGCAUCUUCUUCAAGGAGCUGAGGGUGGGAGAUCAAAUGAAGCUGCUGCACAACUGCUGGUCUGAACUUCUGAUCCUGGAUCACAUUUUCAGACAAGUUCAACAUGGAAAGGAAGACAGUAUCCUGCUGGUGACUGGCCAAGAGAUUGAACUUUCAUCUAUUUUGUCGCAAGGAGAGACAACUCUGUCCAGUCUGGUCCAGAGAGGUCAGGAGCUUGCAGCAAGGUUGCAGGUGCUGCAGGUCGAUCGCAGGGAGAUGGCUUGUCUCAAGUUUCUCCUUCUGUUUAAUCCCAAUGUAAAACUACUGGAGAACCAGGCAUUUGUAGAGGGCGUGCAGGAGCAGGUGAACUCAGCUCUCCUUGAAUACACCCUGUCCACCUACCCUCAGUUUCAGGAUAAGUUCAGCCAGCUGGUUGUGCAGCUGCCCGAGCUGCGCUCCCUCAGCACGCAGGCUGAGGACUACCUUUGCUACAUGCAUCUGAACGGAGAGGUAACCUGCAACAACCUGCUCAUCGAGAUGUUGCACGCUAAGAGAGCGUGUGUGUGAAGAACAAGAACGCAGAAAUGUUCUACCACCAAGUGUUAAAUUGUGCGAGACUGUGCGUGCGCAAGUAAGACAGAAUGUGUGUGGACAUAAAAAAAAUAAAAGUUUUCACACUGGGUCAUCUUUGUUAAGGCUUUUCCUAAGGUCGGAGGGCAAAAAAGAUGUUUCAGAGUUUGAAUGUUUCCAUUUUCAUAUCCUGCACAGCUACUUUAACAUGACCUUAAAACUGGAUUUCCUCUCUGCAAACAUCUGAAAUUGGGUUUAUGGGGGAAGUUAGAUUCUUUUUCAUUAAACAUAAAUAAGACCAGUUUAAGAGCACAGUCAAGUUAUUGUAUAUACCAUGAAGCUGCAGAGCUGAUGUCUACAGGGACCUAAAACUAAAUUCCCAUUGACACACUGAACCUGACUUCUAGCUGUGAAAUGUUCUCCUGAGGGUUGAUGGGAGGACUGCCUGUUUGUCAGGCUUUUUUUUUUUACAUCCCAGUUUGAUGCCUUCUUAUAGAAAUCACAUUUGUGCUGCCUGCAACAAGAUCUUCUGUAAAGAAGUUUGUUUUAGGUGCAAGACUGGAAGUAGAACAUUCUAUUUAAAUAGAAAAGACUUUAUAAUUAUUGUUGUAUAAAUUAUAAUGCAUCAAGGAUUUCAGUGAGGUGCUGAUCAACAUGACAAUCAAAAAUCUAACUGUCAUACUCCUCACUUCCAUGAGCGCUUUUUGAACUUUAUAGAAACGUCCCCCUCUUAGGGUUAAUAAAUCCUAUAAAUGUCUGAAGGCUGUAAAAUAAGGAUAUUUACCAAAGUUAAAACAACAACCACUGAAGCUGAAAUGUGUGACAUGUCUUAAAUCUUUCAUACAAAUUAAUAUAACAUGUUCUUAUCAGAGUAGAUAAGAACACACAUACUGCCUUUAACCCUACAGGCAGCAUCUUUCUGUUUUGUAGAAUAGUGUUUUUAUCUAUUUAUUUUGAAAAUGUGAUUAAUCAAAACGUUUUUCUUAUCAAAAAACAUUCCAAUUGAACUGAAAAUCCAUCACAAAGAAAACAACAAAAAGAAUUAAAAGACAGAAAGAGUAAUAAAGUGAACGCUGAUUAAAAAAUAGCAAAAGGAUACUUUUCAGAGAUAUGAAAAAACAAAUAUGAGCAAGCCAGGACAGAGGAAGUAUAUUGAAGAUGGAAAUCCAUGAGAAAAUGUUAGGAUACAGUAAUUAAAAAGACAACAGUUUGGGAAAUGGGAAAAUGUUGUGGAAAAGCCUGUCCUUCAGUUUUCCCUAACAGCACAGAGCCGACUGACGGUUAUUUGGCAGAAUAUUGACUUCUCUGUAUAAUCUGAACUUAUUAUUUAGGUUUUCAAAAUGCUGGAAACAAUUAAACCUCAGAAAUGAUGAUGGUUCAUUCUCAUUUAUCUGUCAACCAAAGAUGGACUCAUCUGUGCAAAAAUAGACUAACACUGGUUUACUAUUUGCCUCAUGAUAAACCAACCCAUUACAAAAACAACAACAAAAAGCCAUGUAUGGGGAUACCUUCUCUCCUUGUCCCACUUGUAUACCUCCCCUGAGCUUAAUCCCAUUCUUAUUCAGAUACAAAUAGAAUGCCUUCUUGCAUUAAUGCCCUUCACCUCCAUUAACAUCCUUGUUCUUUUCAGUUUCACCACAAAGUAUUCAUUGUUUAUUAGGCUUUUUAAAGAUGUAGGCUCUGGCAUAUCUGAUUAUUCUUCUUUGCAAAAUAGCUUACGCUCAUUAGAAAACACAUGUGAACAGCAACAUUACUACUUUCACAGAUCAAUCAAGUUUCUGACUUAGACAUUCUACCAUAUAAAUGGGCUUUGAUCUAAACCAGGCCUUUGCAGCCGAAAAUGAGCUGAUGGGUUUCCAUUUCACACCUUGUCAAUUUUGUAGACAUAUAUAUUUUACACCAAUUUUCUUAUUUACAAAGAGUAUUUUUACAGUUUGGUAGGUCUGUUUACAGAAUGACAAAAAAAAGAGAUCAGAUUUAAUCCAGUCUUGAUCUGAGACUUUUAUUUACCCUUAGAGGAAGUUUGCAGUCAGGCUCUGCUCUUGUAAACAAUGUAGCCACCUAGCUGGUAGGUGAUGAAGGAGAUUAGUUAGUCUUAAUACAGUACAUUUGCACAUCAGUCCUUUUAAAACGAGGAUGUAAGUGAGACAUAAGUGCAGAUAUUGAUAGUGAUACAGUGAUAUGACAGCAGUCACUGUGAGACACUACUGACCCUUAUUAAUUUAAAUGGACAGGUGGCCCAGUUUUGGUGAAGGAAGGCGUAACAACCAUCUCUCAUACUGACAGUUGCAAACUUUUAAACAACUAGAAAACAGUGAGUCCAAACACAACCAUAAACUCGUCUAGCUAAAAACCUUGCUCUGUUUGUGAAACUUAUUUUGUUAAAACAGUAACACUCGUGUUUGUCCCACACUGGUCUCCUAGUUGUGUUUAAAAAUAAUAAGAAAAAA